UUAUUGCAGAUGUGUUUCUAAUUCAUACGAGUAUAAUGGGUCAAAUAGAAGCCAACUCAACAGCUCAGUGCUUGCUGGAGACUGCACCGCAGACUCUUGCGCCCAGUGGGUUUAUGAUGACCCCCAUAGUUUUGUUGCAGAGUUUGAGCUGGCGUGCCAGGAAUGGAAGCGGACUCUAGUGGGCAGCAUGCACAGCUUCGGAUGCAUGCUGGGGCUGGUCAUCGUGGGGCCGCUGUCAGAUAGGUUAGGACGGAAGACGCUAACGGUGGCGACAUGCGUGCUGGGCAGCGUGCUCGGUCUGGCGCGGAGUUUCACGACAAGCUAUUGGCUGUACGUGGCCCUCGAGUUUCUGGAGGCCGUGGUAGGAGAUCCUACCUCUUCCUCCUUUACUCUAUGUAUAGAAAUGGUGGCUACAGAAAAACGCGUUCUGUACACAUCCAUCAGCGGUUUUGGCUACACAAUCGGCGGGAUCUUAUACCCUUUACUAUACUGGCUUGUACCUUAUUGGAGAAAUUUCCUUCGAACGGUCUACACACCUGGUCUUCUCUUCAUUUUCUACAUUUAUCUCAUAGACGAAAGCCCUAGGUGGCUAUUGACUAAAAGAAAGAAGAAGAAAGCAGUGACCAUUAUAGAUAACGCUGCUAAAUCGAAUAAGAUGCAGUUAGAAAUGGAUCUAAAUAAGAUUUCGUAUGAAGAAGACAAAGGAGCAAAAUUCUCUAAAGCCCUGCUUGAUACCUUUAAAUCUAAAUCUCUAUUGCUGCGGUUCUUCGUCUGCUCCGUAUGGUGGAUAGCUUCGACGUUCGUGUAUCAUGGACUGACGAUCAAUUCCAUCUUUUUACAAGGGAAUAAGUAUGUGAACUAUGGUCUGAUGUAUAUAGUUGAUGUACCUGUGCUUAUCGCUGUGGUGUUUAUCUUGAAAAGAUUCAGGAGGAAGAUGCCGCUGAUAAUUACUUUCGUCGCGUGCGCUGUUCUGUGUGUUGCUCAACCAUUUGUUCCACGCGAACAUCCCUGGCUCUCAAUAACCGUGUACUUAUCCGGCAAGCUAAUGUCCUCCUUCUACUUAUCCAUCACUUACAUCUUCACGUCCGAGCUGUUCCCUACCAGCACCAGGAACUCCAUGCACGCUCUGUGUUCGUCUGUGGGAAGGCUAGGCUCCGUCGUAGCCCCGCAGAUGCCUUUACUGAUGGCGUACUGGUCCGGGCUCCCUGCGGUCAUCUUCGGCCUGGUGUCUCUGACGGCCGGCAUACUCACGCUGCUGGUGCCCGACACGGCGGAGGACUCAUUACCAGACACCGUACGGCAGGCAGAGAACAUUGGAAAACUUGACGAAAACGAACUAUGA